UGCAUUUUGUACAUUCUCCGCAUCAUCUCCCCUUAUUAGCGGAGCUGAUAAGACGAUUUCGCUCGUAUCGACAAGGCGGUUUCGACGAUAGACACAACACGUGGGCGAUUUCAAACGCGCACUCUCUACACCUCUCUCUCGCAUCCUCCUCUCUCCAACAUCCAAGGAUUAGAUAGAACCGAGGACUGUACGCGCGCGAUUAAAGUAAAAAUAUAUACAAACGACGAGAGGAGAGAGGGUCGAGUGAACACUUUGAAAUAGUGCAACACGCUUGACGCACGUGUGCCUCUCGCCAAUGUGCUUUUACGAGCGGAAUUGCCUCGUGUGAAACGAAACUUCCGGUGAGCGUGUAACUUGUCCAAGACGCUGGUCGCGUGUUUAAAAUUGGAAAAUUGGGAUCGGCUCGAGUCGAGCGCGGUACUCGCCGCGGGCCGAGGGGAGUCGAGCCCGGUCGAGCCUGGUCGAGGACGAGGCAUCGAGGACAACCGAUCCGUCUACCAGACGGCCGGACGCUCGGACGCUCGGAUCUCGCGCCUCGCGCCGGUGGCGGCGACGCUCCUGACGCUUGACGCGCCUCGCGCGCCGAUUCCCGCGCGGCGCACGUCGGCUCACGGAACUGCACGGCGGCGGCCGAACGUGUUAAAUGGCUGUGCGUCGGCCAUGAUGGCUUUGAGCAGGGACCGUGUCACGCAAACAUGUUUUCGAAGUGAUAUAUCUCGUUUGGUGACUGAGUGACCGUGUUCCAGCGCGAUGGCCGGGGAACGAUGAGGCCCUGAGCGCUCUCUGUGCCGGGUAAUUCGGCCCCAGGGCCCCCAGCCAGGCCUCAAAAGCAGGUCCACGGCGUUCCGCGAGCCCCCCCAACCGACCCGACUGGCCUCACGGUUUGCGGCCAGCCAUCCUUGUUGGUUGUCAACACGCGCGAGCCAGCCGCCCUCAGGAUGAGCAAGCUGUCGUUCAGGGCGCGCGCCCUGGACGCCUCCAAGCCCAUGCCGGUCUACAUGGCCGAGGAGCUGCCGGAUCUGCCAGAUUAUUCGGCCAUUAACCGCGCGGUGCCCCAAAUGCCCAGCGGCAUGGAAAAGGAGGAGGAAUGCGAACAUCAUCUUCAAAGAGCAAUAUGCACAGGUCUAAUUAUUCCUACUCCUGAAGUAACCGAUCUGGCAGAUGCGGAAGCUUAUGACAGGAUAUAUCCUGCUGAUUAUAAGAUGCCUCGCCAAUUAAUACACAUGCAACCCUUUGCUAUGGAACAAGAUAUACCUGAUUAUGAUAUGGAUUCGGAAGACGAAAAAUGGGUUGCUGUACAAAGCCGCAAAAUGGACUUGACUCCUCUCCAAUUUGAAGAGAUGAUGGAUCGUCUGGAGAAGAGUUCAGGACAAACUGUAGUUACCCUUAGUGAAGCCAAGGCACUUUUGAAAGAGGAUGAUGAUUUAAUUAUUGCGGUUUUUGAUUAUUGGCUCAACAAACGUCUUAAAACUCAACAUCCACUGUUAUUAACAGUUAAAACGGAAAAUCGAUUCGGUUCGACCACCAACAAUCCGUAUCUCGCAUUUAGACGACGUACGGAGAAGAUGCAGACUCGCAAGAAUCGCAAAAAUGAUGAGACAAGCUAUGAGAAGAUGCUAAAGCUUCGUAGGGAUCUUAGCAGGGCAGUCACGCUUUUGGAAAUGGUGAAACGCAGAGAAAAGACGAAACGGGAACAUCUGCAUCUCACAAUCGAAAUUUAUGAGAAACGGUAUCAAGCGCAAGAUUUCAAUGGGCAAAUAUUGGCAGAGGUGUCGGCGUUAAAGACACCAAGACCAGCAUUUGCUCCGCUCUUUACCAAUCAAUUUGUUCAUCAAAAUUGGACAAACAAAGAUGAAGUAAUGCCCAGGAAAGAAAAAAGACAGUACAAGAAACGGAAACAUAAAACAGACAGCAGGACAGGAAAUUUAGAAGACACCAGUGUUCGUAGCGGUACGGGUAGCGGUAGCGGUCGAGGAAAUCGUCCAGUUCUCGGAGGCGGGCUGGACCCGCUCAUUAGCUCGGAUGAAGACAGUCCGCUUCCAUCUCAUUCACACUCCCAGCCCUCAUUAUCCUCCGACCGCGAUGAUGAAGACACCGUAGAUGAAGGUCAAUUUGCGUUUCGUCGAAAUAGGAAUAACUCUUAUUUACCGCCUGUAUCAGGUGGUUUUGGAAAUUGGCCUUGGUGUGAUAAAGACGAAGGCGGUUUAGCUGAGAAGAAGUACAGGUUUGCGCUGACUAGCAUUAGCAAACCAGUGCCAAGGUGUAUUGGCCUUGCACGACGGAGGAUUGGUCGAGGUGGCAGAGUUAUACUAGAUCGUUGUACGGCCGAUAUAGACGACAUGUGGUCUUCUUUAGACUUUACGAUACAUGAUUCCAAGCGUGAGCAACAAAUGGAUUCAAACGCGACUGCCACAGCGACGACCACUGUUAAAAAAGAGUGGUUACAUUUUCGACCAAAGACUCCACCUGUGUCAGUGCAUAGUCCAAGCGAGGAGAGUAGCGAUGACAUGGAUUUGGAUGUAGAGCCGAUGACGUCUCGAUCCAAGCUUCCAUACCCGUUUCCACCCGAGGCAACGUCCAUAUGCAUCGAGGUGGAGCCGGAACGUGCGGGUGACGAGUCACCGUUCACAUCGGAAUUUAAUAUCGCAGAUUACUUCCCGACAGACACCGUGUCGGACUUUGAAUUUGCGGUAGCGAACCUCAAUAGUACGGGUAAUACCAGCGGUCUGUCGGACAACAGUGGCGUGAAAGAAUCGCGGACAGACGACGAGCUGGGCAGUUCGCACUUUGUGGUAACACCGCUCAUGAGUAAUCUGUUUGCGCCGCCCACGACGACGCAGCAGGCUCGGCCUCCUCAGUGCAGUGGUGGCAGUUUCAGUGGUGGUUCUAGUGUACAUACUUCUACGAGUUCUUCGUCGAUUCCUCCGUUGUCCUCCGUUAUCGUCACGUGUACGACUAAUCAAGUUGCCGUAGCAUCAAGUACAGUGUCCACGCAGUGCACCAAUGUCGGCAUGGGUGUCACGGUCGACACGCAGUCAAAUCAUCAUCAACUCAACAAGCAACAACACAGACAAUUACCCAACAAUAGUAACGCUGCCUCCAUUCUCUCGAAAUCCUUGACUAGUCCAACAAAUAAUAGGAAUGGCAGCAAUUGCGGCGUUGGAAGUGGUGGUGGAAAUGGUGGUGGUAGUGGUAGUAGUGCAAACAUUAGAGUGUUCAGUGCGAGCACUGCAUGCAGUGGCGGCAGCGGCAGUAGCGGUGGUAGUGGUAAUGGUAGUAGCGUUACAAACUUUGGCAACAGCCACCAGAACGGUCCGCUGCCGCAUAUAAACAAUUCUAACAAUCUGACAAACAGCACCCAUGUCGUGAACAACCAACAGUCCACGUUAGUUUUGCCACAGAAGCAUCCGCCGUCCAAUUUGCUACCUGGCCUGAUAGCGCAAAGUAAAUUGGCGAGUCUCGCGAGGCAGCAGCAGCAGCAGACGCAGAAUCAGGCGCAACAGGUCCCAACGUCCGGGGAAAUUACGCUUAAUAGUAAUAGUGAAAAUUUGGAUAUGGAGGUGGAUGGAGUGGACAAUUCGCCGUGCGAUAGCAAACCGCAGCAGCAGCAGCUCGUACGAGCGAACAAAACAAAUUCACUGGCGAUGGAAGUGACAUGAUGCCUGCUGUCGGCACCCCUGUUGCCGCCAAUACGUCACUGGGGGCUUCGUUAAAUUCUCUUACCUUGCCUAUGAUGUCUGCCUCGGACGGGAGAUUGGACACGUACUGAUGAUAUACUGCGCUACAUGUUGACGUGAAAGAGCGAUACGGCUAGG